GUUCAUUUAAAUGUUUUGGAGUUUGGUGUGACGUCCAUUUUUGCUGAAGUAAACAAAUGUGCCAACGAUGGUUGGUAUCCUCUGCACAUGGCAGCAUCUGAUGGAAAUACUGACAUCAUAAAACUUUUAAUAAAGCAUAAAGCAAAAUUGAACCAGCAAAUGAGUGAUGGAAUGACACCAUUAUAUUUAGCUUGUAAUUUUGGUCAUUGUAACGUAGUGAAGUUAUUACUUGAUAACAAGGCUGAUGUGAACAAAUGUGAAAACAAUGGAUGUCACCAUUACUUGUAG